AUGAUUAUCGAUCUAAGCUUGAUUUUAAGGAAGCAAGUGACUUUCCCGUUGUUAUGCUAUAUUUUAUAUCAACUAUACAAGGAUCUAGUUUCCAAAGAGCCCAAAUCAGUUGAGACUGAAAUAAUUGCUGAAGACACCCCAUCAGAGGAGCCAUGCACCCCAGAACCUGUGGACAAUGCGGUAUACCAAAAGAAGAGAUGGCAACCGGUUGACUACAUGCGGAACUUAAAACCAUCAGAACAAGAGAAAGAUUAUACACCAUGGUCCACAACAAAUCCGUUCCCUUACCAACCUUUCAAACCAGGUGAAUAUAGAUUAACGAUGGGUGUGAAGUCCAUUCCACUUGAGCAUUGGUUUAUGUUUGAGAAUACCUUAAAGAGUAGGAUAGAGAAAAAGUGGGAGAUAAUUAAAGAAGCAUAUAAAGAUGUCAUGUACCACUUGGAUCCUGCAAUGGUCAAUUGUGAUACCUAUUAUAACUCUGACUAUACUGAUGAAGUUUUGGUUACUGCAAAAGAUGUUGAGAUUGCAGAUGCUGCGGUAUGUGAGUGGUACAAUUCUGUGGUUAGUUACUUAGUGACCAGAUUCCCACAAUACUUUCAAGUUGUGUUAAGCCCUGAUGAUGAAACUCCAGGCGUAUUACAUAACAGUAUCAUGGAUGAAUAUCAUCCUGUUAAUGCUGAGAAGUACUUGCAACUAGGAAACACUGACGUGCCAUUCUUGAAAUACUAUUGUUUCAAUGUCGGCAUCAUACCAGCGGAGUUGACCAAUCCAAAGAACUUAAGGGACAAGGUGGGAAGAAUACCACUUGUAACCACGGAAAAAACACGGAGAGCUCAUGAACUUAUACUUAGUGUACAACGUAUGGUUGAAGAGGACUUGAUUUUAUUGUCGCCAAAUGCAAAUAAACAAUUUGAUGGCGAGUAUAUCUUGAUGUCUGGAUGCUUUGCAUUUGCUGCUGGUUUCAACCCACGCGAACGGUUCCUCAAGCCGUUGACUCAAAUUCAUGGACCGGUUCCUGAGUAUAAGAUAAAACUUCAAUCGCAAAUGAAUAAAUUCUUCCAAACGCAUAAGCCUCAAAAAUUGGUGAUGAGAAUAAAUUUCUCAUUCCAAACCCAUUCGAAGCUGUAUGUCACUGAUGACAACAAAGGUGUUGCGACAGAAGAAAUCAGAGCGAAAACGCUGGACGAGCUGCAUGGUGGACACGACCUACAUUAUAGAUCGGAAAGACAAUGUUUAAUAAAAUUCGAGAAUACACAGGCUAUGUGUUUUUCAAUUAAGACGUAUUUGUGGAAUUUGCAGGAUGAAUUCUUGCCUAAUGACUACUACUCUCAAGAAGGGGUGAUUCAAGAUCUUUGCGAGGCGGUAAAGGGCAUGCAGUACACGAUAGGACAAUAUAAACGUAGACCCGAGUGGGGGCCAGCAUUGUUGGAAAUGCUAGAACCAAAACUAAAUAGUAAGGUGUAG